CGCUCAGAGGAGCUGGAAACGAGGAACACGCGCGCCCCCGAUCCCACACUCCGCUCCUCUCUCUGCGCCUAUCCUUUCUUCUUGUGUCUCCCGUCCUCCCAGCCCAUCGGACCUCGGCUGCGUCUCCUGUCUCCUCUUCCUCUCCCUUUUUUUCCUUCGCCGCUCCUGCUCUCUUCCUCUAUCCUGUUCUCCCCACUCUGCCUCCUCUCUCUCCUCUCACUCCCCUCUUCCAGCGGCCGGGUAGAGACUGUGGGAAAGUGCGUGGAAGCCCGGACCCACACAUUGUCAUGCAAAUUCAGGACCCCGAAGAAGGGCAGUGUGGGGGUGGGGGGCUGUUAUAUGUAGCCAGUGUGUGAGUCGCAUUCAACACUGCGAAAAGCGCACCAAACGCGCAACUCUCGGGCUCCCCGGCAGCGCUUGUGCGAGGGCACUGCGGUCACUCGGGACGAGAGGGAAACUCGUUAUUGCUCACCCGUACAUUUUCCACAGUCGUGCACGCGUGGGAAGCCACACGUAAAUACGCAAGCAACAUGACCGCUUCCAAUGUGGAGACGUCUUCCGACAGGAAUUACAGCGCCAAAGAAGAAAGAAAGCUGAGGAAGCCUCUGAUUGAGAAAAGACGCCGGGAAAGAAUCAACAGCAGUUUGGAGCAGCUCAAGGGCAUUAUGGUGGAUGCCUAUAACCUGGAUCAGUCCAAGCUGGAGAAGGCUGACGUCCUGGAGAUCACAGUGCAGCACAUGGAGGGUCUGCAGAGGAGACAGGCCAGCGGUGGUGGAAAACCAGGGUUCGAGUCCCGGCAGCGCUACAGCAGCGGCUACAUCCAGUGCAUGCACGAGGUGCACAACUUGCUUCUCAGCUGCCCGGGGAUGGACAAGAACGUGGGCGCGCGCCUCCUCAACCAUCUCCUCAAGUCGCUGCCACGCAUCACUGGAGAGGCCGGGUCUCCGGCGGCGUGCGGCGGUGGUGCUGUCAGCCCCGGCAGUGCCCACCACGCGCCCAUCCUGGCACCAUCCUCCCCGGUGUACGAACCUCGACCUGCGCACCUUCCUUCCCCAUCCCCCCUGGCGCAUGCCCCUGGGGCACAGCGCCAGCACCACCAUCUCAACCCCAGCCGCCUGCCGUCCCCCACCACGGCGUCCCAGCCCGAGGCGCCAGAGGGCAGUGGCGGCGGUGGGGAGACGGCGCCCUCCUCCCCUGGUUCGCCGCUACCCAGCCCCCACAGGCCUCUGCCCCUCCCAGGCAGCGACCCCUCCAUGUGGAGACCAUGGUAGAACAAACCACAGCUACACAGAUCUAUCUCAGUGGCAAUAAUUCCCCCAAACAAUUUCUAAGGCACGGGCAGACAUCUGGAGGUUUUCCGAGGGAGGGGACAGAUUUUAGGGGUUUUAUUCUACCCGAUCUCUUCCUGACCUAACCGAACCAAUUAACCUCUUCAUCGGGCCAUUUUAGACAAUUGCAAAAGGCUUGAAUUUUCUCCAUCUUGACAUUUCUCAAAAAAACCUGAUAAACAGAAUCCAGCGGGGGGGAGUGUUGAAGUGGGUAGGUGGGCCGUCCUGGUCCAGAAGAGCACCUGUCCAUCAGGUACAUAGGUCAUCAUUUCAACCAUUGAUUCCCACACUGCUAACCACAUCACCCUCUUUGGUAGGAUAAUCUAAGCAUGUUUUGUUAAGGAAAGCUUGUAUACUCAUCCAAUGGCCUUCCAGGACAAGUGUCCACUCUAGGUCUUUAAAAAGUAAGGAAUGAGCUAAUAUUCUGGUUGGACUGUGGCACUCUGGGACCAAGGACAGCUACUGUGGGACCAGUUGAAGCUACAGGCUCCUUUUUCCUGCUUCUGGAGAACUACAGGGGCUUUUCUUUUACCGACGUCUUCCACUACAACUCUGAAUGGCUUAACUGGAUGAAUGUUGGACUGACGUGGCCUACAUUUCUCAAACCCUUGUUGGCUAAUACCAAGAGCAAAGCAUACACAGGAGAUCUAUGGUGUUACACUGCUCUUUUAAACCUCAGGGACAAACAAAUUGAUCUGUUCUCUCCUGAGGUUUGGAGUUCAGCAUCCACUGAUCAUCAAGAGGAAGAAAGAGCUGUAAGUGACUCCUGAUGGUGUUUUUCUUGAGUUUCCAUCUUCAACUCUGCAUACAGCUUCUUCAUUCAUUAUUGAACUUGUUUCCUGAUUAGCUGGCUAUGCUAUUUCAAGCCUUUAACCUCUGAGCAGUUGAAAAUAAACAGGAAACCUGCAGAACUGAAACUAUUCAGGACCAGAGUCUGACUAUUGCUGACAUUCACCACCCAUUGCAUAUGAUAUUAAAGUAAUGCUGGAUUGAGCACUGAUCAGGACCAUUACAGAUGCAGUACAGAUAUGCUGCAAAUGAAAUGGGAAUAAUUGCAGGUUAUGUUUUUGUGAUGCUUGUUCCCUGUGGUGAAAUUGCCUGGUAUACGAUAUUUGCGUUGUCUUACUUCUAAUGAAGUGACUUGUAAUCUGUACGGAUGUUUGCAGUCUUACUCUUUGCAUCUCGACUGUCUUUUUUUAUUUUCAUAAAUGAGUGUGUGGAGGUUUCAUUCCAGAGCCACGAAUAGGAUGUAGUAGUAGCUGUUGUUGUUGUUGUUGUUGUUAGUAGAAUAUGUGUUGCAUAAAAAUCGGAAUUUCUGACUAGAAAAAAAUCAUUUAUCUUCUGACAAGCAAAUCUUUAAAAAAGGGUAUAUUGUUUAAGUGUUACUUGAAGGACCACAAGACUGAACGAUGUGUUUUGGUCGAGUGUUUCAGAAGAGUUUUCUACAAUUUGUUUUGAGAAAAAAAAGAUGUUUUCCUCAACUAGGGACCUGAACUCCAGCCCUUCAUAUUGAAGUGACAGAUCUGUAGCAGGUGUUAAUGAAACAAGAGAGAAGUAAAUGCAGAGAGAGAGAGGUGCAUUGUUGUGCUCUAUAUCGUUAGUGACACUUCAGAAUGGCAACUUUAAGGCGUGUCAUACACUUUAUUACUGAAACACAGCUGGUGGAGCGCGAGUACCUCUAACACAUGUAGCAUUACUGUAAUGCAAAAUGUACGGAUUAGUAAUUAUUAGCGAAAUAGUAUAAUUGCUUAACUGCUUAAAUAGGUUGUCCAAUAUUUUCUUGUACAGCAUUCAGACCCAGAUAAUUACUGUCAAUGCCACGUCCCGUCGUUAAUAUUAUUCAAAUGUACAUUUUGUAUGUAUUUAAUCAAGUAAAAAGUGAACACACUAGUUUAA